GGGCGGCGGAGGAGAUGCGGGAGCGGCGGCCACUUCGGCCGCUCUGGGCCGCUCUGCUGGCGCUGGGGGCGCUGGCGGGCGUCGGCGUCGCAGGGUCCAACCUCUGUACCUCACGAGGAGUGAGCUCCUGCCAACAGUGUCUGGCUGUGAGUCCUGUGUGCGCCUGGUGCUCAGAUGAGGCUCUGCCUCUGGGGUCACCUCGCUGUAACCUGAAGGAGAAUCUGCUGAAGGAUAACUGUGCUCCAGAGUUCAUUGAGUUCCCAGUCAGCGAGGUCCAAAUCCUAGAGGCCAGACCCCUCAGCAGCAAGGGCUCUGGAGAGACCUCCCAGGUUACUCAAGUCACUCCCCAGAGGAUUGCCCUCCGGCUACGACCAGAUGAUUCGAAGAAGUUCUCCAUCCAGGUGCGGCAGGUGGAGGAUUACCCUGUAGACAUCUACUAUUUGAUGGACCUGUCUUUCUCCAUGAAUGAUGAUCUUUCAAGCAUCCAGAACCUGGGUACCAAGCUGGCCUCCCAGAUGCGCAAGCUUACCAGUAACCUGCGGAUUGGCUUUGGGGCCUUUGUGGACAAGCCUGUAUCCCCGUACAUGUACAUCUCCCCACCAGAGGCCCUCAAAAAUCCCUGUUAUGAUUUGAAGAACACCUGUUUGCCCAUGUUUGGCUACAAACACGUGCUGACACUAACUGAUCAGGUGACCCGCUUCAAUGAGGAAGUGAAGAAACAGAGUGUGUCACGGAAUCGAGAUGCCCCAGAGGGUGGCUUUGAUGCCAUCAUGCAGGCUACAGUCUGUGAUGAAAAAAUUGGCUGGAGGAAUGAUGCAUCCCACUUGCUGGUGUUUACCACUGAUGCCAAGACCCAUAUAGCACUGGAUGGAAGGCUGGCAGGCAUCGUUCAGCCCAAUGAUGGACAGUGUCACAUUGGCAGUGACAACCAUUACUCUGCUUCCACUACCAUGGAUUAUCCCUCUCUGGGGCUGAUGACUGAGAAGCUAUCCCAGAAAAACAUCAAUUUGAUCUUUGCAGUGACUAAAAAUGUAGUCAAUCUCUACCAGAAUUAUAGUGAGCUCAUCCCAGGAACCACAGUGGGGGUUCUGUCUGCCGAUUCCAGCAAUGUUCUCCAACUCAUUGUUGAUGCUUAUGGUAAAAUCCGCUCUAAAGUAGAGCUGGAAGUGCGCGACCUCCCUGAAGAGUUGUCUCUAUUCUUCAAUGCCACCUGCCUCAACAAUGAGGUCAUCCCAGGCCUCAAGUCUUGUGUAGGACUCGAGAUUGGAGACACGGUGAGCUUCAGCAUUGAGGCCAAGGUGCGAGGCUGCCCCCAGGAGAAGGAGAAGUCCUUCACCAUCAAGCCUGUGGGCUUCAAGGACAGCCUGACUGUCCAGGUCACCUUUGACUGUGACUGCACUUGCCAGGCCUAUGCCGAGCCUUUCAGCCGGCGCUGUAAUGAUGGCAAUGGGACCUUCGAGUGUGGAGUGUGCCGCUGUGGGCCAGGUUGGCUGGGAUCCCAGUGUGAGUGCUCCGAGGAGGACUACCGCCCCUCUCAGCAGGAUGAGUGCAGCCCCAAGGAGGGCCAGCCCAUCUGCAGCCAGCGGGGUGAAUGCCUCUGCGGCCAGUGUGUCUGCCACAGCAGUGACUUCGGCAAGAUCACAGGCAAAUACUGCGAGUGUGAUGACUUCUCCUGUGUCCGCUACAAGGGGGAGAUGUGCUCAGGCCAUGGCCAGUGCAGCUGUGGGGACUGCCUGUGUGACUCCGACUGGACCGGCUACUACUGCAACUGCACCACACGCACCGACACCUGCAUGUCCAGCAAUGGGCUGCUGUGCAGCGGCCGGGGCAAGUGUGAGUGUGGCAGCUGUGCCUGCAUCCAGCCAGGCUCCUAUGGGGAUACCUGUGAGAAGUGUCCUACCUGCCCAGAUGCCUGCACCUUUAAGAAGGAGUGUGUGGAGUGUAAGAAGUUUGAACGGGGAGUCCUCCAUGAGGAAAACACCUGCAACCGUUACUGCCGUGAUGAGAUCGAGUCUGUGAAAGAGCUUAAGGACACUGGCAAGGAUGCAGUGAAUUGUACCUACAAGAAUGAGGAUGACUGUGUUGUCAGGUUCCAGUACUAUGAAGAUGCCAGUGGAAAGUCCAUCUUGUAUGUGGUUGAAGAGCCAGAGUGUCCCAAGGGCCCUGACAUCCUGGUGGUCCUGCUGUCAGUGAUGGGGGCUAUUCUGCUCAUUGGCCUCGCUACUCUCCUCAUCUGGAAGCUCCUUAUCACCAUCCAUGACCGGAAGGAGUUUGCUAAAUUUGAGGAAGAACGAGCCAGAGCAAAAUGGGACACAGCCAACAACCCACUGUAUAAAGAGGCCACCUCCACCUUCACCAAUAUCACCUACCGGGGCACUUAAAGACAAGAGGUCAUCCUCAGAUCAUUGUCAGACUAUCCCAGGAUUGUGGGAGUCUCUGCCAUCAUGUUUACAGAAGACAUGUUUGUAGGAUGGGAUUUGGGGCUUGGAGUAGGGUGGAUAGGAGAAUGUGGAAGAGAGAGAGAGAGAGAGAGAGAGAGAGAGAGAGAGAGAGAGAGAGAGAGAGGAGUGUAAAUGUGUAAUUUAAAACUUUCAAUGUGUCCCCAUAGGCAGAGCUCCUCAGCCUUUGUCCCAAGGUUGCUUCCUGCAGGGAUCUCCUGCUUAGCUUGAGGGUGACCUAUGGAGCUGAGCAGGUAUUCUUCAUUACCUCACUGAGAAGCCAGCAUUUCAUGUCAGACCUUUUCCCCAUGUCAGGGCUGAGGCCUCUCAUUCCAGAGGAAGACAUGCCAAGUCUUGGUUCUACCAUGAGUCUGUAAGUUUAUGAUUCUUGGGCCUGAUUCUCAGCAGCUGUGGUAGGAACUGCUGGGCUUUGCAGCUCAGCUGUUUCACCUGUGCCUGUGUCCCCUUCCUUUACCUCAGGCUGCAGGGAGAGUUUAAACUUUUGCCAUCACCUCAAUCCAGCAGUGAUUCUCUUAUAAGGGGAGUCCUUGCAAUCUAAUUCUUUGACCUGUUGAGAGUGAGGGUGACAGGGCCAUUCAAGGGCAUGCAUGGUCUGGGACAAGGUAUGCCCACAUCCCUCAGCUCAUAAUUAUAGCCCUUCAGAUUUGCCUCAUUGGCAAUUCUACCUUGGAGUUUCAUUUAGAAGUGUCAUUCUUAGAUCAGCACAUCUCUUAUCUCCUGCUUCCAUACCCUCACUGUUGCAGACAUUUGCUAUGCAUGACCAAAUGUUUUUCUUUCAAAGAUAGUGCUAUGGUUAGAGCCAGAGGUCUGACUCCACCCUUCAGUCCUUCUGCCCUGGUCCCAGGCAACUCUAGUCACCUAACUCUGUGCUUCUCUGUGCUGCACCCAUCCAUGGGGGUGACUGCAUUUACCUACCUCUUGGGUGUCUUGGGAAGGAGUCAUUCCCAUGAGUGUACUGCGUAUAAGUGCUAGCACAGAAUGAUGGCAGGUUAGAUCAGCAGGUAUGGCCUAUUCCCCUAUGGGCUAGACAAACCUCAUUUUAACUCAGUCUUUUAUCUAGGAGGUCACAGUACAAUUUAUUUUAUUUUUCUUAUUAGGGCACCUGAAACCAUGAUGUGAGUUGCUUAAUCUAAAGGAACGGGUAUAUUUGUGUUAUAUUUGUAAUUUUAUUUGAGGACAAAGAAGUAGAGCAUUAAAAACCACAUAGACUUGGGUAAGAUACAGAUAUUCCUAGUUGGCGUCAUUUCUUAGUAAGUUGCAGCCUAGUUGCUGGGUCUGUAAAGAACUCUGUCUUUCUAGAAGCCUGUGGGAAUGAAUGUAUGGACACAUUGUACCUUUCCUGAGGAGGACAGAUACUGUUCUUUUUGUCCCAGCAAGAGCAGUUACUCUACUGGUAUUGACCUGGAUUCCACAUUAAAAACCAAACUCCCUACUGGCUGAGGACAAGGGAAAGACCUAUAAACAGUGGUCUGCUGAUCAGAAAAUCUGAGUCUUGGCCUCAGUGUUGCAGCUAAAGAAUCUUUAAUGUUUAUUAAGGCAAGUCACUUUCUUCACUUUGGAGUUCAAUUUUCUAGUUUGAAAAUAAUGGACUUUGACCAGUCAACCUUGAAGGGCUUCAGUACCAACAUUCCAAGGUGCUGGGAUUUACUGUGGCAUCAAACAUGCAAUCAAGAGUCUGUAUAUGUGUAGGAGAGCUAGAGUGUCACUCAGAGGGAGAGUGCUUGUCUAACAUGUGUGAUAUCGUGGAUUUGAGCCCCAGCAUUGAAAGGAAGAGUCAAUGGGAUAUUGUUAGUGUUCAUUUUUUUAGUUGGGAGAUCUGAGAGAUCUGGCUUUGGCAAGAGAGAGGUCAUUUCCUAUAACCUUUCUUAACGACAGUCUCAUUCUCUCCUCUUGGAACCCUUUCUCCAUCUUUUGUUAGCAUGUACAUCUUCUGAUGUAGUGCUUCAACCCCACUUAGUCAUUUCUUCUUAGUUGGCUUUGCAUAUAUUUGUAUCCACAAAUUAGGGAAGAAAAAUCAAUAAGAAGCAGCUGAUCCAGGUGUUGACAUUGAUAAUAAACCUUGAAAUUAGGACUGAGGCAAAUGACCGAGCCCUAUCUUGCCCAUGAGUUGCCCUUACUGUAGGAGACGGGAAUGUGGUAGAGGGACAGAUGGGGGAAGGGGAAAGGUAGUCACAAUCCAAGGACAUUAGAGACUAACUGUAACCUGUGGCUACUGAGGCCAAGUCAAUAAGAGUAGUGGUGGGGCAUUUUCUCUAUUAAGAUGUUCUAUAUGAGCAAACAAUAUCAAAGGAAAAAGAAAAUGUACCAAAGGAUAAAAAAAUCAUUGUCUGAGUUUCUGGGAUGAACUCAUAGGCCUGAAGACCAGAAUUGUUUGCCAGUUUGUGGGGAUAACUGCAGUGAAUAGCUGUCAGUUUUGGGAUUAUGUAGAGUGAACAUCUAGAUAGUCACCUGCCAUCACACAACACAUUGCAAAGGGAUUGUGCCUAGCUCUUUUGGAGGUAAUUUAUGUCCAGUCUCAGGGUCUGUGGACAAUACUGGGAAACUGCACACUCCUGAUAAGCUGCUGUAUUAGGAGUCAGUAUUUACCUCUCAUAUAUUUCUAGAUUGUCCAAGAUGUUAAGAUACUUCUCUGUUAAGUGUUCCUCAUUGAAAUGACUUAAGUGCCUUCCCAACGACCUCACCACCUCCUCGUUUGUGCAACCGUGAAUUAAAUGUGCUUUACAAAAAGAAUUGGCAUAAG